UGACAUUAAUCACGACAGGUAAAUUUUCGUCAUGGUAGGAUAUUGCUUCAUUCAUUCAUAGGCAAAACGAAUCGACUGAAAGAUUGUGUAAUAAACUUUAAUGUGGCGUAUAUACAUUUAGUGAUUGAUUCCGCCUAAAUGAACCGUCAUACUUAAGUGGUAGGGCUUAGAAUUGACACUGAAAUGGCUUAUCGUUUAUUAACAACCGCUCGUAAGCUCGAAUCGACUCUGGCUGGAUUAAGCCGACAACAUCGUACAGUCAACACAAGCGACUGCGACCAGAUAAUUCGUAGUUUAAACUAUUUGCAAUCCAGCAAAAGCAAACUUUGGAGCGAGUUCCUUUAUCGAAUUCAACUUUUCUGUGAAAAGCCACCAAAAGGUUUCGAAAAGUAUUACAAACCCGGUGGAACUAAGAAACCGCCACCAGCUAGCGAAGCGAAAGAUGCCAAACCAGCCGAAAACGCUAAACCAACUGCGGCUGCCGGCUCGGGAAGCUCGAAAAGCCCCCAGCCACCGAAAAAUGAUUGGAAUCUAGGAAUGUUCGGUCCACAACCGGCCAGAGGCAGUGGUGGAAGUAGUGGUGGCGGCGGUGCCGGUAGACCUAUUGGCGGCGAAGGUGGUGAUAAAGAAAAAAUGUUGGUGUUCGGUGCGAUUGCCGGUGUCGCACUGAUCUCGGCCAUCGCAUACUUCGAAAUGGGAUACAAAGAAAUCGCUUGGAAGGAAUUCGUUAAUAACUAUCUAGCUCGUGGCAUUGUUGACAAACUGGAAGUUGUGAAUAAAAAAUGGGUUCGAGUACGAUUAUCUCCCGGGAAUACCUCCGAUCUAGGGAGCACCUUAUGGUUCAACAUUGGCAGUGUCGAUUCCUUCGAACGAAAUCUAGAAAACGCUCAGUCCGAUAUGAAUAUUGAGCCGGUAAAUUUCGUCCCUGUAAUCUAUCGGAGCGAAAUCGAAGCAUCCAGUUUGUCGGGAAUGCUACCGACUCUGUUGAUAAUCGGUUUUCUGAUUUAUAUGAUGCGACGAUCGUCAGAGAUGAUGGGUGGCCGAGGAGGUAAAAAAGGCGGUGGUCUAUUCGGUGGCGUAAUGCAAUCGACGGCUAAGUUAAUUAAUGCGAACGAGAUCACAGUUGGUUUCAAAGAUGUGGCAGGAUGUGAGGAAGCGAAGAUUGAAAUCAUGGAAUUCGUCAACUUCCUGAAGAAUCCCCAGCAGUAUAUCGAUCUUGGAGCCAAAAUUCCCAAAGGAGCGAUGUUGACUGGUCCCCCCGGAACAGGUAAAACAUUACUUGCCAAGGCGACGGCCGGAGAGGCGAAUGUACCCUUCAUAACAGUGUCCGGUUCUGAGUUUCUGGAGAUGUUCGUUGGAGUGGGUCCAUCCCGUGUGCGUGAUAUGUUUUCAAUGGCCCGCAAGCAUGCACCAUGUAUAUUGUUCAUCGAUGAAAUCGACGCAGUGGGGCGGAAGCGAGGGGGGAAAAGUUUUGGAGGACAUUCCGAGCAAGAGAACACACUCAAUCAGUUGCUUGUAGAAAUGGAUGGAUUUAAUACAACCACAAAUGUGGUGGUUUUAGCAGCCACCAACCGAGUUGAUAUUCUGGACAAAGCAUUGUUACGUCCGGGUCGAUUCGACAGGCAGAUCUUUGUACCUGCACCGGACAUCAAAGGUCGUGCUAGUAUUUUCAAAGUGCAUUUGGGACCACUGAAAACCAGUUUAGAUAAGAUGGACUUGGCGAGGAAAAUGGCUGCGCUUACACCAGGAUUCACGGGUGCGGACAUUGCAAAUGUGUGCAACGAAGCUGCUCUUAUAGCUGCGCGAGAUUUGAACGAGUCGAUCGUAAUGAAACAUUUUGAGCAAGCAAUUGAACGUGUUAUUGCUGGUAUGGAAAAGAAGACGAAUGUGCUCGCGCCUGAUGAGAAAAGAACGGUUGCUUAUCACGAAGCUGGACAUGCCGUUUCCGGUUGGUUCUUGGAACAUUCGGAUCCGCUACUGAAGGUUUCCAUUAUCCCACGAGGCAAAGGUCUAGGCUAUGCCCAAUACUUACCGAAAGAUCAGUAUCUGCUCACAACGGAACAACUUUUCGAUAGAAUGUGUAUGACACUUGGUGGACGUGUUUCGGAAGAAAUUUUCUUUGGCAGAAUCACGACAGGAGCACAAGAUGACUUGAAGAAGAUCACCGAUAGCGCUUAUGCACAGAUUACCCGAUUCGGCAUGAACAAAAAAGUAGGCAACGUUAGCUUCGAUAGUUCGCAACCCGGAGAUCCGAUGUUCUCGAAGCCAUACUCAGAACAAACAGCUCAGUUGAUCGAUCAAGAAGUUAGGCUUUUGAUUGAUGAUGCGUACAAACGUACCAAGGAACUUCUGCUUAAGCACAAAACUGACGUAGAGAAGGUGGCUGAGAGAUUAUUGAAAAAUGAAAUUCUAAGCAGAGAUGACAUGAUUGAAUUGCUUGGGAAGAGACCCUUCCCGGAGAAGUCCACCUACGAAGAGUUUGUUGAAGGUACAGGUUCCUUCGAAGAGGACACAUCAUUACCAGAGGGCUUAUCGAGCUGGAAUAAGGAGAAAGUUGCGCAAGAGGAAGCAGCACCUAGUGCGAGCAGUAAAACGCCGGGAUCAACUAGUGCUUAAUUAUACAGAUGCUUGUUAGAAGUCUGAUCGGAGCGACAAGUCGAUCAGGGAACAAGUAGAAAGAUGUCGAUAAAUAUAAUUGUUGAAAAUUU